AUGUACCAUUUGGUGAAUCCAAGUUGGGCAACAUCUACUCUGGUUGGCUUCGAAAGAGGAGGGGAAACAGUGAUGGAAAAAAAUGGACAACUGGUUGAAGAGUUUGAAGAAAGCGCAGGGCGCAAAGGAAUAAAUAUAACGUCAUUUGACGAGUUUUGGUUUUGCAUCCACCCGCGUAUUUACGUCUUACACGCCUUUCCGGAUAAUUCAAAGUGGCAGCUGCUUCCCGCUGACAAAAUACUUUCUCCAAAAGAUUUUGAGCUGGCACUCACACCUGAUUCACAGUUUUUCAUACUUGGAUUGGAGGUUGUCUCUGGAAAAGAAUGUAUAUACGAAUCUACCAAUGGUCGUUGCUGGGUCGAUAUAAAGGGUGAUCCCUCCAAACUGAAAGAAGUUCAGUUCAAGCAUCACUUGACCUUUGUUUCUGGCACAGGUGACCUCACUGGGAUCAACCCAGCAGAUUUGCCUCAGCUUGUGAUGAAAACACAGACGCCAGACACCGUAUCGCUCGAAGUGCGCCUCCCUGUCACUGGCGAAUAUAUGCUGAGGAUUUUUGCAGGAUUGAUUCAUGACGCUCAGUUGAAAAACUGCUUCGAGAUAAGGAUAUGCUGUAAUGAAGCCGACCCCGCUUGCCGGAAACUUCCAAUUGAUGCAGGUAACAUGGGAUUUGGAUUCAGUACUACUGCAAGUGAAUGCGGCCUAAGCCAUCCGUCACAAAACUACGCAACUCUCAAAUGCACGUAUUCCGAGAGUAUGGAAAAGAAAGAAUCACUUAAGUUCAAAGUCGACCCAGACAUGAUAGAUGACGUGGAAUUUUCUUCAGAAAUAGUUGGAAGUGAUGAAAUCGACGUCGGAAUGACUACAACACGCGUGGAUCAGAAGGGGAAUUUGGAAAUACUGACAUCACUUAGGAAGGAAGGGGAGUUUGCAUUAGUUGUGAAAGCGAGAGAAGGCAACAGACCCUUUAAACCGAUCAUGAAUUACCUUGUUAGCACUUUUGAAAACGAUGAAGGUAUGUUGUGUUCAAUAACAAUAAAAGACAAAAGUUCAUGUGUCUUUUAUGAAAUGCUACGAGUUAACUGCUAA